ACUGCAGCUCGGUCAGAGCCGACUGGAGUUUCCGUGUGGCCUUUGCCUUGCGCAAAUGGCUGCAGGGUGUCGUUGUACCAGUUUUGCAGGCUGCUUAGAGAACCUCUGGGUUUGAAUUUCGUGAACGUUUUAUCUGUGAAGAGCUCAUGGCAGCCUUUAUAGGAGAGCAAAGUCUGCAGACUCGAUUUAAGAGAUACCAACAGAAGGGGCUCAUUUUCUGAUGGUGGCUAAAGGUUCUGAUACCGAGUUUUCAAUAACAUUGAACAGAAAAGAUGCUCUCACAGAAGAUCAGAAGACCUUAGCUUCAUAUGGGAUUGUUUCUGGUGAUUUGAUAUGCUUAUUACUAGAAGAAGCAGAUGGACAACCCAACCUACCUCCUCCUCCUCCUUCUACUCCUCCCCCACUUGAGAAUGGUCAUGAGCCAUCCACCUUGAUUCCCAACAAAAGUCAGGCCAACAGUCCAAAAGAAGAAGGGCCGAAUGAGCAAUCUGGCAACCAGAAAGCUCAUGUGGAAGUUCAAAAGGGUGACGAGAGGGCAGGAUCCAGCCUAGAAUUUCCUUCUGGAUUAGUCCCAGAAGAUGUUGACCUGGAAGAAGGUAGAGGUUCCUAUCCCUCUGAACCCAUGCUGUGCAGUGAAGCUGCUGAUGGUGAAAUACCACAUUCCUUAGAGAUGCUCUACCUGUCUGCUGAGUGCACCAGUGCCACUGAUGCCUUGAUCGUUCUAGUACAUCUUCUCAUGAUGGAGACAGGCUAUGUACCUCAGGGGACAGAAGCCAAGGCAGUGUCUAUGCCAGAGAAAUGGAGAGGGAAUGGUGUUUAUAAGCUACAGUACACACAUCCCCUUUGUGAAGAAGGUUCUGCUGGUUUGACUUGUGUGCCUUUGGGAGAUCUUGUUGCUAUUAAUGCAACAUUAAAAAUCAACAAAGAGAUUAAAGGUGUUAAGAGAAUACAGCUAUUGCCAGCAUCCUUCGUUUGCUUUCAGGAGCCAGAAAAAGUUGCAGGUGUUUACAAAGACCUUCAGAAAUUAUCCCGUCUCUUUAAAGACCAGCUGGUUUACUCUCUUCUGGCUGCUGCCCGACAAGCUUUGAACUUGCCAGAUGUGUUUGGGUUAGUGGUCCUUCCUCUUGAACUCAAGCUUCGGAUUUUCAGACUUCUGGAUGUCCGUUCACUCAUCUCGCUCUCUGCUGUUUGCCGUGAUCUUUACACAGCUUCAAACGACCAGCUUCUAUGGAGGUUUAUGUAUCUGCGAGAUUUCCGAGAUCCUAUUGCAAGGCCCCGUGACACAGACUGGAAAGAACUAUACAAGAAAAAGUUGAAACAGAAGAAGGAGGCCCUGAGAUGGAGGCACAUGAUGUUUCUGCCCCCUACACCUCAUCCAAUCCCCUUUCAUCCCAACCCAUUCUAUCCUAAUCCUUUCCCUCCCAACCCAUUUCCAUCAAACCCAAUCUAUCCCCCAAUGAUCAUUGGUGGAGAAUAUGAUGAGAGACCAACACUUCCAUAUGUUGGAGACCCAAUUAACUCACUCAUUCCUGGCCCAGGAGAAGCACCAGGCCAGUUUCCUCCAUUCAGACCACAUUUUGACCCAAUCAGUUCCUUGCCUGGAGCAAACCCUACACUUCCAGGACGAGCUGGUCCCAAUGACAGGUUUCCACCUCGACCCAGCCGGGGCCGCCCCACGGACAUUCGCCGUGCGUUCAUUUGAUCGCUGCUUUUUCCUUCAGUGAGUUCCCUAGUCCUUGAGCUUGCUUUCUAACUGCGGGAGAUAGCAAAUCCCAGGCACUAACAUCUGCCGUCUCUUCAGAUUGUGGCAAGAACAUGUGUGCAUGGUAAUAUUUCAAACACAAAGGCUGGGUUUGUUUUAUGCUCUGGUAGUACUGUACCACCUGGCACUAAGGUCUAUUUCACGAAGAGCUACAACUUAGAACAGUUUGUUCUGCUUCCCCCACCUCGCCCUUAAUUAUCUGUGAAGUGCUACUUAGAGACCAGAAGGAUACCGGCCAAAUAUUUGCUGCAUCAGAUAAAGAGCACUUUAAAUACAAACCCUAUACUUGUCUGUCUUAUUUGAAGAGUUUUAUUAAAUGGCCAGGAAAAAUGGUGGUGUUUCAAAUCUACCUGGCUAGUAAUCUUUAUUAACGAAAAAAUUUACCAUGUUCCACAUAGAACAGGAUGCUACUAUUGUUAUGGUAGAUGUGAGUUUGUAGAAAUUUUCAAGGAUGACAUUUCCUUUUUCCUUUAAUGUUUUAUUAGGUAAAAAGCAUUUUUGUAUUGUUACUUAAUACACAAAGAAUACAGGGAAGGGAUUUUCUUUACAAUGGAAAUAUUAGAACACAAAGCAAUUCAUUUUACAAACAACUGAGUAGAGUCAUGCUACAGUGCAACUCAGAAGUCUGAACAGAAGCAGAGCAAUUUUACAAAGAACCAGCAGCAAAACUUUUGUCUUUUCUCCUUGACUUUACAAAUAAGGAGCUGUAAUACAUGGCUGCAUUUACUGUGUGUGAACUAAAACUGGUGCAAAAAUAAAUCUUUCCUCCUGCCUAACUUAGUUAAGGAAUUAAAUAGGUUGACCUGGUUGCAGUGGAAAUGGGAUCACAGCAGAAGCAGAAUGAAUUCUCACUUUACUGCAGUGAAUUUCAUUUAAUUCCAUUACUUCAGUAUCAAAAUACAUCUUGCCAAGAGGAAAUGUGUUGCAGCAUGUUAUGAGCACCUUUCAAGUGUUGUCUUAUUAACUAACGAGCAACUAACAAGACCACUGUUAAUGUCUCCUGAUGAGAUCUGCAGGCUGAUGCUGGAGUUCAAUUAAAGGAAAACUGGAAUGACUAAACUUUGCUAGAACUUUUCAUUUCUUACAUAUUUUUUUAAGAUGGAUUGAUCUCAGUGUUUCUGUAAAUGUAAAUGGUACUGAUGACUGUUGUGACAGCUGAUGAUAUUUUCUAAAAUCUUUUUGAAAUUCCAGCAGUGGAAAUGGAAUGACAUUUCCUAUUAAAUACAAGCUAUUUAAUCAGUAAUACUUACGUGCUUUUUCAGGUGAUAUUGCAAUGAUUCAUCUUGUUUUGUAUAAAAUCAGUUGACUUCAGUAGGGUCAGGAAGUUUUGCCAUUAACUCCAGUGGAAGUAAAAUACAAUACUUUAUUUUGCUG